UCCUCCCAUUGUCUGCAUAUUUAUCACGUGUUUGUGUUGUUUGUCUGUAAACAACAUUUAAAUAGCAAUCACUUUAAAUAAAUCAAUCAAUUAAUUGAUGACUUUAUUAAAUCAUUAAUUAAGACAAGUUUUGUUCAUAAUAUGAAUCAAUGGCUAAACCAAAUGUCGGCAUAUUUUGGCCAUUAUUUCAUAACAAUCGACAAUUGUUUGGAGAGAAAGUAGAUUUGGGUCUCAGAAAUGAAUUGUCUUAUAAUUUAUAUAAAUCAAUGUCCACUCGUAAAGAGUAUAUUUGGGACAAUCAUAUAGAUAGAGGACAGACAUGCAGUUCAUAUACCGGUUCAAUAUUCAAUGUCGAGUAUAGUCCCGAUGGGUCAUCUCUAUUGGCGGCCACAGAAAACAAAAAGAUUUUGAUUUUCUGCGCAAAGAGUCAUAAGUUGUUACAAGAGAUACCAAAAGCACAUAAAUCUUGUGUUAAUUUAAUAAAAUUCUUGGAUUCGCGAACUUUCGUCACCUGUUCUGAUGACUGCAGUCUUGGGAUUUGGGAUCUCAGAAAAUGUGACAAAAAGGUUAAGUCAUUGAUUGGCCACAAAAAUUGGGUGAAAAGUGUUGAUUAUGACUCUAAUAAUGGCGUACUAUUAUCGGCCGCUUAUGACCAGACUGUCCUCCGAUGGGAUAUCAAUAGUUCUUGUGUUAGCCCACAAAAAGUUCUUCAAAUUAAAAAUAUGUUACGAAUGGUAUUGACUCCGGACUCAAACAAAAUGAUUAUAUCGACAGCCGAUGGAUAUCUUCUUGUUAUUCAUGACUUAGACAUUAAUAAAUUAUCCGAUGAUUUGGAAGAUUUUAUGCCAGAAUUAUAUCGAUUAAUGCAAGAUAAUUGUAAUUAUGGUAUAGAUAUUGGUUCGUGGAUUAACCAUUUGUUUGCUGCCAAAAGAAAUAGAGUUGAACUGAUCUCUGAUUUUCCGAGUGAAGACAAAAACGGAUACAUAACUACUUUAAAUGUUCAUCCAUUCGGUUGGUCUGUAUUAUCAAGAAAUACAACUGAAGACGACACUUCUGAGUGGACAUGUGUUCAUGACAUCGAUGACAGUAUCAAACCAUCUCAUAUGAAACCAAUCAAAAAGCUUUCAAAUGAUAACGAGUCGCAAAUAUCACAAGAAUCACAACUCGACUCAUUUGAUGAAGUAUUAAGAGACUCUCAAUUAUCUGAUAGCUCUAUAAUUGUAAUCAGCAAUCAAAUUGGUUCCACACAACCACACACUACAGUUGUUCAUCAAUCAAGACAUGUAUCCAAAAAUAAUGGUUAUGUUUACGAAAAUAUUCCUCGACUUAAGUAUUAUAUUGAAGAACUCAAUCAAAGUCAUGGAUUUAUUAAAGAGUUGUGUUUCAGUAGUGACGGACGUGUCAUAUGUUCUCCCUAUCACUUCGGGUACAGACUUCUCACUUUUGAUGAUAAGUGCUCUGAAAUGUCUGAUUGUGUAUCAAAUGAACCAAAAUUGUUAUGUAAACUGAAAACCAAUUUAUCUCAUCCCGACUAUGUUGUUACCACUAAAUUCUGUCCAACGCAUUGCCAAAUAGCUUCGGGAUGUCUUAAAGGACGAGUGGUUUUCAGUCAACCAAUACUAUGA